CCUUGCAGCAGCUCUCUAUCCCGUGAGAGUAGUUUUAUAUUUAAAGUUGGAAGGGACCCUGGAGAGCGUCAUCCAAUUUCCGUUCCCACUGUGACAUGAGCAAACCAAAAGCUCAUGCCACAGAGAAAAGGCCAAAAACCAGAGCCCAGAACCAGACACUGAAACCUUCCAGGUCGCUUUGCCCAAAAGCAGACCCCAUAGAAUACCAAUUGCAGAGAAAAAAAGACUCUAUGGCCAAUUAAGUUUGAGAAAUGCCCUUAAUACGAAACCAGAGCACACCACUUGUAGAAAAUCUCAGAGCCUUUAAUAUGAGAAAAAGGAAGAAGAGGAUAUCCAUGGUUUCCCCAGCUUCUUUGACCGCGGAACCCUUUUACUGCGGAUCCAUCAGGACCACUGUUUCAUGGAACGUACAUUGAGAAGGGUUUCUCUGGAUUCUGGAAUCCAACUCCCUGUUGGGUAUUUGAGCCAUUCCUGCUGCCACAGCUCUCAUAAGUGAAUGUGUAGGUGGAGAUACAGCUUCAGAGCCCAGGCACUCGCUAUCCCUGUGGACAACCGGCUCCAUCUGAGACAGCUCUACUAAGAAGUCCCUCUUCAGUUCUUUGCAGUGGAGUUCAGGCCUGGGUCCAGGUAUUGUCCUCACAGGUGUGCAGAGCCUCAUUGAAGCCAGUGGCUAAUCUGGUUCAGGCCUCCAAAUACACCCCUCAGUCCAGCUAGCUGUGUCAGAAGGACUCCUGAAGACUUGGGGACUGAGGGAGGGAGAAUUCCCAAGCAUAGCCGGGCAGAGUCACAGAAGAGUCGUGCAUUACAGUGUCUAUGAGCUCAGGAAAGAGGGAGACCCUCUGCCCACUGUCCCCACUUAAUCAGGGGUUGUCACUGCAGGCCAAUGGAGAUACUGAUCAGGAGGUCCUACCCAGCAGCCCAGGCCCAGAGCACUGGCAAUGGAGUAAGACCAGCAUGGUUCCAAUUCCAGGCACUUCCUCACUGUGUGACCUUGGCCAAGGCAGGCAACCUCUCUGAACCUUGGUUUCCUCUUCUACGCCAUGGUGCUGACUUCCUGAGGAUUAAGGGAGGUUGCCAGGCAAAACUGCCUCCUGGCACAGUGCCUGACACACAGUCCUCACCCAACCAUGAAGCCCCAUCCUGCUCUUUGGCUCUUGAUAAUGUCCCUUCUUUUCCCCCCCAGCCCAGGACAUAGUCACCCGGACUAUUUGACCCUCCAAACAUCCCAAGGUUUUUUUCCUUGUGUGGAAAGAACUCCCUGCACCCCUGUGGAAAAUGUGGAUGCUCAGACAGAACUGCCUGGGUCCACAAGUCAGACUUAAAAGUGAGAGGAAUGCCCCUCCCUUUUCAUCCUUCCAGGACAGCCUGAGAGCAGCCUGCGCUCUCUCAAGGAUUUGCUCACUAGCCCCAGCCCCAUGGCGAAACCAUCUCUGACCUCAAUCCCCACAAGCCAGCCCGUUUCUUCCCCGCCCAGAUCUCCACCUUCUGGGACAGAAAGGCUCCACUGGAUUUCCUCACCAAGUCCGCAGGCAGCCCCCAAGCCCUGGUGCCUCCGCGGCAUCCGUAUACACUAUGAUACUGACCCUGUCUGCAGGUUGUCUGUUCAGCUCCCUUCUAAAUUUUUUCCCAAAUCCUUUUUGUGCCCGUGAGAACAUCCAGAACAUUCAUUUCCAUUUGUUGAGCCAACAGCGCAUGAAGGAUUUAAGCCCCAGGCUCUGGAGCCAGCCUGCCAUCCUUCAAGUCCAAGUCACCUAUUGGCUGUGUGACCAUGGGCAGGUGGCUUAACCUUUCUGAGCCUCAUCUGCAAAAUGAGAGUGAGGAGAGUAUUUACCUCAUAGAGUUGGAAUGAGGACAAAACAGGUAAUGCAUGUAGCAUAUUUAUCUCAGUGCCUGGAGCGGAGAAAGUAUUUGUAAAUGUCCGCGUUGUUAAACGCAGACUCCUGACUCAGUGGUGGCUCAUAAGAAGUCCUCGUUGGAAGACGUUUUCUUCCCUUCUCUCCAGGAAGCAUGGGCACCACCACAGGAGGUAGGACAAUUAUUUCCCACCUGGCUUCAGUCACUCAUCUUGGACCAGUGGAUGGAGACUGUUGACAAGGCCCCUCCACCGCCCCAGGCCUCCUGCACCUCCCAACUCUGCCAAACUGCACUCUGGCCCGUUGGGUGAGCUCUGUCUUGCACUGGUUGUGAACUGUGUCUGGUCCACAUUUUUCUGCCCCAAAAGGAGCUGUGUCUUUGUAAUCCCAGAAAGGCUGUGACAGCAAUUACUCCCCAUUCCCAGGGGCCAGAUUAUUCCAGGUCAAAUCAAGGCUGCUGGUCAGGGCAGCCAUGGUUCUGGAAAGAUCCAGUCCUGUGAGCACAGGUGACCGGCAGAGGCUCACCCAGGCACAAGCCUCAGAAAUGAGACAGGUUCUGAUGGCCUUUCUCCCCAUCCGUCAUCCAGGGCCCCCAACCAGCAUCGAUGAAGGCAGAAGCCACGGUUGCCACCAGCUCCAGUGCUGGGGGCCUCUCGUCCUGGCAAGUCCUCAGCUCAGCCCAGCCCUGGCAGGCAAAUCUAUCCCAGAACAUGACCCAGCACAGGAUCCAGCACAAGGAAUCCCAGCAGAGGACCAGCCUUCUCAAGGAGCUGGGGGCCUUCCACAUCGCCAUUGCUCUGCUGCACGUGGCCUUUGGGGGCUACCUGGCCUCUACAGUCAAGAGCCUUCACCUGGUGGUGCUGAAGUCUUGGUAUCCAUUCUGGGGGGCUGCCUCUUUUCUCAUUUCAGGGAUCUUGGCGAUAAUAAUGGAGACCUUUUCUAAAGCUUACCUGAAGGUGUUGUGCCUGAUGACAAACCUCAUGAGCCUCCUUUGUGUGCUGUCCGGCCUCUUUGUCAUUGCCAAGGAUCUCUUUCUGGAAAGCCCAUUUGAGUCCCCCAUCUGGAGAACGUACCCCAACUCCACAGUCCACAUCCAGAGGCUAGAGCUGGCAUUGCUCUGCUUCACUGUCAUAGAGCUCUUCCUGCCAGUGCCCACGGCUGUCACAGCCUGGAAAGGGGACCGCCCGUCUGCAAAGAACGAUGAUGACGCAUGCCUUGUUCCGAACCCACCACUGCAUCUCAAAGGCCUGCCAGUGGGGCCCCCACCAUCCUACCAGACUGUGGUUCAAGGUACGCCCGCCCAACACAAGCAACAUCAGAGGCUCAGAGAAGUU